AGCGAUUGUGCGACUCUUUUUUCCUGCGAUUCUGCUACUCUGGAGAAAGGAAGACGAAUGAUUAGUUAAAGAAGAAGAAGAGGAGUCUUGCGAUAGAAGAAGAUUUUUGCGAUAUCUUCAUAGAAGGAAGAUGGUCUUAUCUCAAGGCUCUGCAUCUCUCUCCUUUUCUCAUCCAUGUAAUCUCUUUUUCUCUCUUUGCUACCCUUCUUCUUCCUCUAGUUGUACUUUGUAUUCUGACCAAUUCUCCAAUUCUCUAAAUUUAAGCUUUAGUUUGAAAAUUAGGAUUUCUGGGUAUCCUAAGCAGCUCAAUUUUUGAUAUUUCUGAUUCGUUUUAUAAACUGAAUCGUUCACAUACGGUUUUGUUCUCUUAAAUUGGGGGAAACAACUAUUUAGCUUGGCUGAACACCAAUAGUGGCAAGAAAGAGAAAUCGAAUUGAAAGAGAAAUUGAAUGUUGUUGCGGCAGGUAGUGCGUAUUGGAAGAAUUUAACAUUGUGAGAGAGUGAUCUUAUUGAUUUAGUGGUGUUACAUGAACUUAGCAUGUAAGGAUCGUGCUCUGUCUUGGUUAUUAGUGGUGAAGGGUGUUCAAAAAUCAGUGACUUGCUUUGCUCAAUUUUCACAAGAGGUCAUGCGUCCAUGAGCAAUUGGCAUAAUACGUAAUUGUCAGAUGGUAUACAACAACUGUGGACAAGAGUGUAUGUUUUUCAGUGUGGCAGUGUUGGAAAAAGAAGCAAUGCGAGGAGGCACACCUCUUCACUUAAAGGUGUUUGUUAAGAGUCGUAACUUUUACAUUUGGCUGUGUUGUUUUAUUUUAGAGAGAAAGAGACACAACUCUUCACUUGUUCUGUCUAUGUGUUUUGUAUUUAAACUCAUUAGAUUUGGUUGUGUUGUUUUCUUCUUGAAUACUGGACUUGGUGAGGAUUUGAAAUUAUGUACUUUCCUGCACAUGAUUCCCUAGCUAAGAAUUCAUUGUUUUUGAACUUGAGAAAAUGAUCUUAUUGGAAAGUUUUAUAUGUUCCUGAAUUGAUUGUGAUCUUUAUUGGUGCUGCAUUAAGAAUCUUAUAUGUUCCUGCACUAGUAUUGGUAAGGAAUACUGCCAUUUUUUAUCUCCUUAUGUGAAGUAAACCGUCUUUACUCAUAUAUUUUGGUUUCACUUCCACAGAGCAAAAUCGAUGAGCUGAUCAAGAGUCUCUUGGAUUUGUGCUUCUGUACUUCUUACGAGGAAGAUUUAGAGAUUGUGGAAAACAAUUUGAAACAUUUUGAAGAGAACCCCACUUGAGAGAUACUACCAUUGGAUUGUGAAAUUUUUUUCAAAAAAAUAUACAAGCUCUCUUCUUACAAAUUUUCACAAUUAAUAAUAAAGAAUUGGAGAGAGCCCAUGAGAGGGCUCUCACCAUUGGAGAUGGUUUAUAUUGUACAUGUCACAAGAAGAGUAUGUGAAAAAAAACUAUUGGAGAAGUCUGAUAUGGGUAACACAAAACUGGUUAUUACUCCCCAUGCGAGCCAAUUUUUGCUAUUCAGAAAUCGAUAACCAAUAAGUGAACAUGAGAAGGCGUAUAUGGAUAACGUUUCAUAUAUUUUUCCUAUUGGUUCUUGAUGUACACAAUGGUAUGUACAAAAUCAAACAUUACACAUGUGGGAGUCAUGUGUAACCCUGGAACAAAUCGUU